AUGGUCGAAAUCGCAAACCAGGUCCUGAGGGGUUCCACUGCGAGCUUCGUCCGCCUAGCCCGUCACCAUGCUUCUCGUCGCCUUGCAUGGCGCUCGCAUGUCCGUUGGCAGUCUGCAGUCACAUCGGAGGCUGCGGAUAAUAAGAAGACCGAGGAGCGACAGCACGGUCUGAAUCUCUCGUCGCAGUCACGCUACAACGAAAUCGGCGUUCAGCAUCUCAGUGCCCAUGUUUACGGCCAGUUGUUUCCCGACGGAAACACGCCGCCGCCGCCCGAGCUUGUAAACCUCGCUAGGGAUCACUUGCGCCGCCAUGAUUUGCUCGGCAAGAACAAUGACAACAGCGAACCCAUCGCCUUCGACCUCCCCGAUCUUCAAGGACGAACGCUAGACGAGCACUUCCACAAGCUUGCCGUCGACUCUGCCGAACCGUAUCUAUCCCUCGCGAAACAGUUUGCGAGGGCCAACACACCGCCGAAGCCGCGAAAAUGGGUCCGCCGCAGUGGCUGGACGAAAUAUUAUUCCGACGGCAGGACUGAAGCCAUCGAUGCGCCCGACGAGUCCAUGUUGUGCUUUGACACCGAAGUCAUGUGGAAGGAGAGCUCGUUCGCCGUCAUGGCCUGCGCAUCGAGUCCGACAGCCUGGUAUGCAUGGCUGUCGCCGUGGCUGCUGGGCGAGUCCGAGUCUGACCGGCACCUGAUUCCGUUGGGCGACCCGACGAAAGAACGUGUGAUAGUGGGCCACAACAUCGGAUAUGACAGAGCGAGGAUAUUGGAGGAGUAUGACGUGAAGCAAACGCGCAACUACUUCAUGGACACCAUGUCGCUCCAUGUGGCCGUAAACGGCAUGUGCUCGCAGCAGAGGCCGACGUGGAUGAAGCACAAGAAGAGCCGAGAACUAAGAGAUAAGAUUGCAAGUCAAACCGACGAUGUGCAGUUGGCCGAGCUGCUGGGAAAUAGCGCCUUGCGGCAAGAAGAGGAGGAGCUUUGGGUGGACCGGAGUUCGGUCAACUCGCUUCGCGACGUGGCCAAGUUCCAUCUCGACGUCACCAUCGACAAGGCUGUGCGCGAUGAGUUUGGCACGCUUGACCGAGCUGGCGUGUUGGGCAAGCUGGACAACCUCCUGGACUACUGCGCCGCGGAUGUCGCCAUCACUCACCGCGUGUACCAGAUCGUCUUCCCCAACUUCCUCGACACCUGUCCGCACCCCGUCAGCUUUGCGGCGCUGCGACAUCUUUCCUCCGUCAUCUUGCCUGUGAACAAGACCUGGGACGCUUAUAUUCACAACGCCGAGGCCACUUACCGUGCGCUAUCCGAAGCCGUUCAGGAACGUCUGAUCGGGCUCACCGAACAGGCUCUCGCAAUCAAGGACGACCCAGAGAAAUGGGGCAAUGAUCCGUGGUUGAAGCAGCUCGAUUGGUCUGGCCAGGAAAUCAAAAUGGUCAAAGGCAAGAAGAAGAACGAUCUGCCACGGCCGGCCGCGAGACAGAAGAAGCCCGGUAUGCCGCAGUGGUAUAAAGACUUGUUCCCGAAGAACGACGCUCCCAUCAACCUCACGGUACGGACUCGUAUCGCACCGAUACUGCUCAAGCUCUCGUGGGACAACCACCCGCUGUUCUGGUCAGACAAGUACGGCUGGACGUUCAGAGUGGAACGGAGCGAAGCAUCAGAUUACCAGCAGAAGCAGAUGAUUGAAUGCGACUUUUCCGACUCGGAGAGCGAUGCCGCGCUGCGGAAAGAGCAUGGCGUCUUUUUCAAGCUGCCACACAAGGAUGGCCCAACGGCACGGUGUGUCAAUCCCAUGGCCAAAGGGUACCUAUCCUAUUUUGAAAAGGGAACAUUGUCCUCCGAGUACUCGUACGCCAAGGAAGCCCUGGAAAUGAACGCGUCGUGUUCGUACUGGAUCAGCGCCCGUGACCGCAUCAUGUCGCAGAUGGUUGUCUACGAGAACGACAUUCCAGGCAGAGACAAUAAGGCAAGCUCCGGGAAGGAGAAGGACCCAGAACAAGUUCAAGGCUAUAUCCUACCCCAAAUAAUACCCAUGGGGACCAUCACGAGAAGGGCAGUGGAGAACACGUGGCUUACCGCGAGCAACGCGAAGAAGAACCGAGUCGGGUCGGAGCUCAAAUCGAUGGUCAAGGCGCCGCCUGGCUACAGCUUCGUCGGUGCCGACGUUGAUUCGGAGGAGCUAUGGAUCGCGAGCCUGGUCGGAGACGCCACGUUCAAGCUUCACGGCGGCAACGCCAUCGGGUUCAUGACCCUGGAGGGCACAAAGGCCGCCGGCACAGAUCUCCAUUCGCGAACGGCGAGCAUCCUGGGCAUCACGAGAAACGAUGCCAAGGUGUUCAACUACGGCCGCAUCUACGGCGCGGGGCUCAAGUUUGCCGGCCAGCUGCUCAGGCAGUUCAACCCCAACUUGUCCGAGAAGGAAACGAACGAGACCGCGGCGAGGCUGUACGCCAAAACGAAGGGCACCAAGACCAACAGAUCGGUGCUGAGCAAGCGGCCGUUCUGGCGCGGCGGGACGGAAUCGUUCCUCUUCAACAAGCUGGAAGAGUUCGCGGCACAAGAGCGACCCCGGACGUUUGUCCUGGGCGCGGGCAUCACGGAGGCCCUGAUGCGCCGCUUCAUCAACCAGAACGGCUACCUGACCUCGCGCAUCAACUGGGCUAUCCAGUCCUCGGGCGUCGACUAUCUCCACCUCCUGAUCGUAGGCAUGGAUUACCUCACCCGGCGGUUCAACAUCGAGGCCCGUCUGGCCAUCACCGUCCACGACGAAAUCCGAUAUCUCGUCAAGGACCACGACAAGUAUCGCGCCGCCAUGGCACUUCAGGUGGCAAACGUUUGGACGAGAGCGAUGUUUUCCCAGCAGGUGGGCAUCAACGACCUGCCGCAGUCAGUGGCCUAUUUCUCCGCCAUCGAUAUCGACCACGUCCUCCGCAAGGAGGUCGACAUGGACUGCGUGACACCAAGCCACAAGACGGCCAUCCCUCCGGGAGAGAGCCUCGACAUCACGGCCCUCCUCGCCAAAGGGGCCGAAGCCCGUCUGGACCCCGCCAUCGUGCCUGACCCGGCACACGCGCCCAAGCUCGAGGGAAUCGAGUACGUCCCGCGCACGCCCGUCAUGGACACGCUCGAGGACUCGACGUCGACCGAUCCUCAUUUCCUCAGGGCGCAGAUCGCGAGCACCGAGAUGGAGCUGGGCCAGGUGCUCAAGGACCGGAGAGAGUCGCUCAAGACGCAAGAGGAGAAGAAGGCCCGCGCGCCCAGGCCCAAGAAGGAGCGCAGCGUGCUGCCGUACCAGUCGGACGCGAAGCUGGUCCCCACCAUGACGGUGUCGGACGCGUUCGGCCACAGCAAGUUUGGCUCGCGGUUCGAGACGAAGAACCGGUGGGCGACGUGGCAGAAGGACAAGGGCGCGGGCCGUUUUGGACCCAGCUCGAGAAUCUAG